AUGCUCCCAUUACCCUUCUUCUUCUUCUUCUUCUUCUUCUUCUUCUUCUUCUUCUUCUUCUUCUUCUCCUUCUUCGUAUUUUUCUUCUUCUUCUUCUUCUUCUUCUUCUUCUUCUACUUCUACCUCUUCUUCCUAUCCGCCUCCUCUUACUCCCCCUUCUUCUUCUUCUUCUUCUUCUUCUUCCUCGUCUUCUUCUUUUUAUUAUUCAUCUAUUUCUCCUUCUUCUUCACCUUCUUCUCUGACACAAACUAG